CUGGUACUCUUGGUGGCGGCUGUUGUUACGUAACGCGAGAGCUUAGCGGCGUGGUGGACUGUCGGCUCUCCUAGCAGCAUUAGCCAGCUGCUCCUGCACAUACGAACCCGAUAGGAGCCUUUACUGCGGUACAGAUAUGGAAGCAAAGUCCCUCAAGGAGGCCGAAAGGACCUGUGUGCUCUGCUGCCAAGACGUCGACAUUUACGCCUUGGGAAAAUGUGACCACCCGGUGUGCUACCAGUGCUCCACCAAGAUGAGGGUGCUCUGCGAGCAGAAGUACUGCGCCGUCUGCCGGGAGGAGCUUGACAAGGUUGUUUUCAUCAAGAAGCUUGAACCUUUUGCUGCCAUUGACACCAGGCGAUUUUCAUGUGAGAGGAAAUAUGACAUUUAUUUCUGUGAUGGCAAGACGUACUCACAGUUCAGGAGGAUCUUGCAGUCUGAAUGUCCCCAGUGUCCAGAACCGAGGGUGUUCGCUACUUUUGAGGAACUGGAAUAUCACAUGAGGAAACAGCAUGAGCUGUUUUGCUGCAAACUGUGUGCGAAACAUUUAAAGAUAUUCUCCCACGAACGAAAGUGGUACAAUCGGAAGGACCUGGCACGACACCGAACGCAGGGCGACCCCGAUGACACCUCGCACCGGGGACACCCUCUGUGUAAAUUCUGUGAUGAUCGGUACCUGGACAACGAUGAGUUACUGAAGCACCUGCGCAGAGAUCACUAUUUCUGUCACUUCUGCGACUCUGACGGAGCUCAGGAGUAUUACAGCGAUUAUCCAUACUUGCGCGACCACUUCCGUGAGAGCCACUUCCUGUGCGAGGAGGGCCGCUGCAGCACUGAGCAGUUCACCCACGCCUUCCGCACUGAGAUCGACUACAAGGCCCACAAGGCAGCCGCCCACAGCAAGAACCGGGCCGAGGCUCGGCAGAAUCGGCAGAUUGACCUGCAGUUCAACUACGCACCAAGGCAUCCAAGAAGGAAUGAAGGUAUCGGAGGGGAAGAUUACGAAGAAGUGGAUCGCUUCAACCGGCAGGGGAGAUCGGGGCGGGGUGGGGCUCGAGGGGCCCCACAGAACCGGAGAGUGAGCUGGAGAUACGACAGGGAAGAGGAAGACCGAGACAUCGCUGCUGCCGUGAGAGCCUCCAUCGCCGCACGUAAACAGGAGGAGAGGAGACAGGCCUCAGAACGAGAGGCGCCCAAGGCACGGAAAGAGGAGCUGAUGGACGUGGAGGAGACCCGAAACAACAAGAGGGCAGCCAGGCCACCUGGGGAAUCUCUAACCUCCAAGGAUGUUGGUCAGCCUGCUGGCCCCAAGGAUCUCCAGAAAGGAGAAGACUUCCCGCUUUUAGCAAUUCCGGCUGCAAACACACCCCCAGCCGCUACAAGCUUGACAAAGCCAGCCGGCAUGAAGCUGCAGGAUGCCGAUUUCCCCCGUCUGUCUGGCUCAUCCCCAUCCCCCCUCAUGACUCCAGCGUACACUGCGCAGGCCCGGAAACCUUCUGCCUUCCAGGAGGAGGACUUCCCGGCACUAGUCCCCAAAAUCAGUCUCCAGAAGCCUGUGGGCAGCGCGACCUCGGCCUGGUCCCAGUGUGGCAACAAGAAUGUCGUGCAGCCUUCAAAGCCGACCCCUGUGCUCGGGCCGGCAUUCUCCUCCCCUGCCAGCCGCCCCCCACCCUCUUCUGCCACCUCUCAGCUUAGGAAGCCCCAAACAGGUGGGGGUAAAGCUCCAGCCAGAGUCAGGUCCCCAUCAUCUGAGGAGGAUGAUGAGCCCGGCAGAAGCGCUCAGGACAUCCGCAGCGUGCCCACCAUGUUGGACAUCUCGUCGCUGCUGACAGGUACCUCUCAGCAGAGCUCCAAGGUGAACAAGAGGAAGAAGCAGCCUGUGCCCCCCCCACCUGGGAGCCGUCCCCCUGGGGACUCCGUUUCCAGCGCAGCCCAGAAGGAGAAUGUUCCAGAGGCUAACCAGCCCCCGGCACUUAUCCCUCCCAAACCAGCAACAGCCCCAAAAGCCAGCCCUUUCUUUAAUGGGCACAUAGACAAGCCUUCAGAGAAACCCAAUUGUGUUCCGAAAGAACCUCCUGGACUGGAAAAGCAUCCUGUAUCCGAUCCCUGUCUGCUUCCCGGAGAAGAAGACUUCCCUGCUUUGAUACCAAAAAAGCUGCCACCUCCAGGGUUCAAAAGUACAUUCCCAUUGAGUGGCUCCCAGAAUGGUGUGCCGCCCCCUCCCCCUGGAUUAGCAGCCCCUCCCAGCAAGCCUCCUCCCGGAUUCACCGGAAUCCCUUUGAACGCCAAUGUCGAUCCUGCAGUCCCGGCAGCUAAUGAAUCAGCGCAGUCACCAAGGACCUACCUCAGACCAGAGAAUUUCCAGGAAAGAAACAUGGACCUGAUACAAUCAAUAAAAAAUUUUCUCCUGAAUGAUGCAUCUAAGUUCAAUGAAUUUAAAACGUAUUCAAUACAGUUCAGACAGGGCGUCAUCUCUGCAGCACAGUACCACCAGAGCUGUCGGGAUCUCCUGGGGGAGAACUUCAAGAGGAUCUUCAAUGAGCUCCUGGUGCUCCUCCCAGACACCGAGAAGCAGAGGGAGCUCCUUGCCGCUCACGGGGAUUUCAAGGCCCUGGAGAAGCAGUCCAGUAGCAAACAUAAGAAAAACAAGAAGAGCGCCUGGCAGACCGGUUCCGGCAACAGCAGUCUGGAGCUCGACUGCCAGGUCUGUCCCACCUGUAGGCAGGUCGUGGCCCAGAAGGACUUUACUGCCCAUAAGACUCUGCACAUGAACGAUGAUGACUUCCCAUCUCUGCAGGCCAUCAGCAAGAUCAUCAGUUAACCCAUGGUAGAUGGCUAUAAUCAGAAGCUAGCCAACAUCCCAGAAUCUCCGCAUUGUAGGAAAACAAGCGGUGUUUUAGUGAAUAACCUGGAGAUGGUGCACAUCCCUGAAAUACAGCAGUAAGACAUGCUGUCUGGUAUGAGGUGAUCUGGAAGGAGGAAGCUGAUAUAAAUGAAUGGAUGCCAAUUAAGAACGACUGCAAACCUGUCCGAAAAGGUCACUGCUGAUUUUGGAUCUACUGAAUUGUUUCACAGCUAGGAGUUGUUUCCCAGAAGGCAAUUAAUAUCUGCUUGGAAUUGUUAAAUUAUUACUGGUGGUGUUCUUUGAAGCUUGAACUUUUGCUUAUUUCUUAUAGAAAUGUAAAAAUUUAAAAUUAUUAUAAUAAUCUAAUAUUUCAAAUUUUGGAUGGUUUUUUUCUGGGAAGUAGUAAUGUAGCAGGCAGUAAUUUUUUUUCUCCUUUGUUUUGUAAACGUUUCUAAAGAUUCAAAAACAGUGCGGCUGUAGUCUUACUAUUUCAAUAAAAAAGUACCGGGGGAUUAAAAGACAGUCAAAAAUGUUUAAUAGACUUAUUCUAGCACUGAAAAAGCAGGGUUAUGUAUUGGUUUAAUGAAUGCUAUACAGAGUCAUCUGUGUUAAAUGACAGGUGAACAUACUGCCGGUUAACCAAGAGCAGUGCACUUCAAGGCAGAUGAGGCCAUCUAUUGCCUGUCUGCAGUUUGGGGAUGUGUACUGAAUUCCCAAGUCAUGUGUGCAGGCCUGAUCGAAGUCCAAGUUAGGCCUGAGCUGAAUUUCACGAAUCAGAAAAACUCCCAUUCCAUGUGUGCAAACUGUUAUAGCACGUUCAUUUGUUAGCAGAUGAACACUAAUUUGGUAGCUUUAAAGAGCUGUUUGGAGUAAAGUUUCUAGGAGUAAAAAUUUCCUUAAAAAUAAUCAACAA